AUGAGUGUAGUCAAGAUCAACGCCAUUACCGUUCCUGAAGGAAGAGGGCAAGAACUGGAGGAGCGGUUCGCCCAUAGGGCCGCCGCCGUGGAGAAUGCCCCCGGGUUUCGAGAGCUUUGA